CUUAGCUAUGAUUUUAAAAUAAUAAACAGUUCUCCGAGUAAUAAGCAGUUAAUCGUGAGCAAUCCAUAAUAGAGAACAGUGUUAACGAACAUGGCUCAACAGCAACCAGAGGGUAUAGUGCAGUUUUACAAAGAAUCUGGAUUAGAUGCGAAGGGUAAUCAGUUAGUCACAUGUGGACGCUGCAGACAAAAAUCGGAGCCUGAUUUUAUCAUCGAUCGUGUUAGAAUGAAAUGUCAUAUAUACAAUGAGCAUGGAGAAUCAGAAAUAAUGGACGACCCAAAAUAUCAGUCCGUAGCAGCAAGAUUUAAUCUUCAUCGCCAAAAUGCAAACCAAAUUGACGUUGGGGAAUGUCUUGUUUCAAAUUGUAACACGAAAAUUAAAAGUAAAUUUGGUAAAGGAUUACCAUUUAAAAACCAUUCGAUAACGCAUCACACAGACGACAAAAAAACUGCUUUUUUUGCAAAAGCAGUAAAAAUAGAUUCUGGACGAAAAAUACUGAAUAAUUACAAAAUAAAAAACACCGAAUAUGCGAAAUGCUCAUUUUGUCGGACGCUGAUAUCCUUGGAAGGUUUGGAUUCGCAUCCUGCUGUGAUACUCGUGGCCUUAAACAGACACUUGAUACCACAUAUUGACGAUUAUUCGGACAUACUAGAAAAAAAAGUACAAGAUUUACAGUUCCUAGACGAAGCAUCCAUACAAAGUGAGCUAGAAAAAGAAGAAAAAAUGCAAUUAGAAAUAAACAAAGCAAAGCAAAAUGUUGAUAAAGAAGUUAAAAUGAAAGAGAUUGAAAGAAAAACAAAAACGGAAGCUGCUUCAGAAGAUCUUAAUACGCUACUGCAACAAUACAAUAUGAAAAUAACGAAAUGUAUUAAAAUAGGAAAAUAUAAACUACAUUGUAAUAUAGAUUCUAAUCACAGAUAUACAUAUGAUGCUAAUAAGUUAUAUUGCAUAAGAAACCAUUGGGAAAUUCAUCACGGGCCGAAAAAUAUGAUUUACAAUGAAAUAAAAAAUGAUGGAAAUGUAAUAUUUCGAAAUUACAAAAUAACGGAUGGAACAUUAGCAACCUGCUCUAAGUGUGAAUAUUCAGAAAAUAUGGAAAAAGACAAUAAAUUGUAUUUGGACGGUUUGAAAAUUAUAAGAGACCACUGGAUCCAAAACCAUGGUUCGACGUCAGGUAGGCCAAAGACAGAUGAAAAUCUACAAACUAAGAUACAAGAACUAAAGAUGAGAAGCUGCAACGCAGAUAUCACAUACAUCGGAGAGAUAUGAGAUUCAAGAAGUACACAUUGUUGAGCCUGAACAAGACAUUCCGAGUGAGAGUGUACCAGAGACACAAGAGACACCAGAGGCAGAGUCCAGCGAAAUACAAAGUACUGCGACGCAAAGUUCUGCAACUGUGGAAAAUAUGCCAAGACAAAGCAGUGACGAUGAAGAUAUACCAGUCUCCGGCGAAACGCAAAGUCCUUUGACUGUGGAACCACUAUCAAAACAAAUAAGAUUAAAUCCUG